AUGAGUGAUUUAAGGUCUAAAUUCUUGGAGGUCUACUCUGUUUUGAAAUCUGAACUUCUCAAUGACCCUGCUUUCGAAUUCACGGACGUUUCUCGUCAAUGGGUUGAUCGGAUGCUGGACUACAAUGUGCCAGGAGGAAAGCUGAAUCGAGGUUUAUCCGUAAUUGACAGCCUAAAGUUACUUAAGGAUGGAAGGGAGCUAACGGAUGAUGAAAUUUUUCAUGCAUCAGCAGUUGGUUGGUGUAUUGAAUGGCUUCAAGCAUAUUUUCUCGUUCUUGAUGAUAUCAUGGAUGGCUCUCAUACACGUAGGGGUCAGCCCUGCUGGUUCAGACUACCAAAGAUUGGCAUGAUUGCUGUGAAUGAUGGCAUACUACUGCGCAACCAUAUCCCAAGAAUUCUCAAAAAGCACUUUAGGGGAAAGCCCUACUAUGUGGAUCUGCUAGAUUUAUUUAAUGAGGUGGAAUUUCAAACAGCCCAUGGACAAUUGAUAGAUUUAAUUACCACUCAUGAAGGAGAGAAAGAUCUGUCUAAGUACUCAUUGGCACUUCACCGCCGCAUCGUUCAGUACAAAACUGCUUAUUACUCAUUUUACCUUCCAGUAGCAUGCGCGUUGCUAAUGGCAGGCGAAGAUCUUGAAAGCCAUGUUGGUGUGAAGAAUAUUCUUAUUGAAAUGGGAACCUAUUUUCAAGUACAGGAUGAUUAUUUGGACUGCUUUGGUGAUCCCAAAGUGAUUGGCAAGGUUGGGACAGAUAUUCAAGACUUCAAGUGCUCUUGGGUGGUUGUGAAAGCUUUAGAACUUUCCAAUGAGGAACAAAAAAAACUAUUACAUGAGAACUACGGGAAAGAUGAUCAAAUAUGUAUUGAAAAAGUAAAAGAGCUAUAUAAAGUCCUUGAUAUUCAGGGUGUAUUUCUGGAGUAUGAGAGCAGCAGUUAUCAGAAACUUACAAAAUCCAUUGAAUCUCAUUCAAGUAAAGCGGUACAGGCAGUGUUGAAAUCAUUCCUGGCAAAGAUAUACAAGAGGCAAAAGUAA